ACAACGUUCCACUCGCCAGUAGCGUAACUAGCAAACCUCAAUCGAACAAUCAUGAAGUGCAUCGUAGCUGUAGUCAUGGUGGCCCUCGCCGUUGUUGCUGAAGGGUCUUAUGUUCCAUCGAUCUAUGCUCAUCACGCCGCUCCAGUGGUAACUUAUGCUGCCCAUCAUCUGGUCAACCCAACCGUGGUUCAGUCCAAUGAUCAUCACAGCUGGGCACAUGCUGCCAUUGCCCACAACACUCUGGCCCAUCAUGCCCCAAUUACAGCUUACAACCAUUGGGAUGUCCACCACGUACCAGCUGCUGUGGCCGUCAAUAACCACUGGGAUAACCAUCAUCAUGUUGCUGCCUUGGCCGUUGCUCCCAUCCACCAUUCCGCUUCGUACGUCGCCGCGAACCGUGGUGCUGUCCAUAAGGCCCCUCUCGCUGGUCAUGCCGUCAACCAGAAGUCCCUGAAUCUGGCUCCAGCUCCAGGAACCUGGUAAAUCGAUGUGAUUGGAUUGUUUUAUCCACGUUGUACAUAUGGAACUUAAUA